UUGUGCGAUGCCUAUUUCUUAGGCUUUAGCAUACCAAGGAGAUGUAUCAAAUAUUUCGGUAAAACUCCUUGAAUUGCUAUCUGUCAAGUUAUGCCGAUGUGUAUGCUGCUAUCAAAACAGCCAUUUUGGGCUAAAAUUGCAGAAUUGCUACAAGCUUACCUUCCCGCUCCCAUCGUUGUUGAAGAGCCUCUUCUCUGUGACUCUUCUCCAAUCGAGGUUGUAAAUAUGGCGACGUCCAAAAGAAGGUGAUGCGUGUUCGCUUACCGUUACUUAUGUAUUGAAAUUUCUUUCACAAGAAGACGCUGAAUAGUGUAUUAAGCUAUUGACAAGAAAUCAUGGAUGAUGAUGAUGACCUUGGAGAAGAUAUUUGGAACGCAUUCUCGUGGCGUUCACAUAUUUCAACCAAGAUAAAGCUGAUGCAAAAGUACUUUGUUGAAGAACUCUCUUUUCCAGAAAGUCACCGAAAAAUAAUUGAUUUUUUCGACACUUACUACGAUGCAUAUUUGAAAGAAGAUAAUCGAAAUAAUGAGGAAGGAUUACCUCCAGCCAAAAUGAAAAAUAGCAACGUACCGCGUGUCAUAUCUGAGGAAUGUUUCUUUACUUUUCUAGACGAGUCAGAUUUCACGGCCAUUCAAGAACUUAAGCUGUUGGAGCUGAUUUCCUCGUAUUUUGAUGGCAGAGAACUAGAUUUUGUAAGGUAUUUCGUAUUUGAUUGCCUGUUUGGUAAUAUAAACGAAGAUGGAAUUCAGUUUAGGGAUGCCAAACUGAAGUUUCUUGGCAAACUCAUUUCAAUGGCUGUUGGAAUACAAUGUGUAUUGAUACUUGAAUGCUGCGCAAUUUUCUUUCAGAGGUUUGGAAGGAAGAAUGCAAUGGUGUCAGUAAUAACAAAUGUUGUAAAUGAUUACUGUUAUCUAAUUCCAAGUGCUUACCAAAUUCUUGAAAGUGUUGUACAAGUGAGCCCAAUGUUUUGUUGCCAGUUUGUAGAGGCUCUCCCAAUGAUUUAUAGUUUUCAUCAGAAAGCAAAGUCAGAUGGGGAGGACAAUGAUGAUGAGUUUGAAAGCAAUCAGCAGGAAAUACCACCAAUGCCUUUAAUAAUAGUUGGGUCUUGGCUUUCAUCAAGCCCUAAAGAUUUUACUUCUAGAAAGCCUCAUGAAUUUCUGUUGUUGCCAUCAAUUUACAAUUUCCAAGAUGACCCAAAGCUUCAAAAGAAAAUCGUCUGUUCAAUAUCAGGGCUCUUAUCAUGGUCUGUUCUCUCACCUCUUUUUGCUGGCAUCAAGAUCAACAACAAAGUAAUUGGUUCUGAUGAGAUCAAAAAAGUAUCGUCUCUUUUGCACUAUGGAAUUUUGAAUUAUUUUUCAAUGCAUCGUAAAAGUGACACAAGUGCCUCUGGAGAUGAAGAUGAUCUGGAGCCAGGGGAAGUUUCUGAGGAGCCUAAAGCGAUGGAAUUGAUUUUUGAAUCAAACAUAAAAGAUGUGAUAACUCAUCUUGAUGAUACAGUUGAAAGGCUAACUGAUGAAAUAACAAAGGAGAAACUAGGGGAAAGCAUAGAUAGGCUAGCUCAGAUAAUUCAGAUCUCCAAAUGGAGUGGUUGUUUUUUACCAACAAGUAAAAAGUUCAAGCAUGCCUUGAAGAAAGUCCCAAAGACAAAGCUCUUCUCAAAAGUACUCAAGACUUUGUAACUCUUUGACAAUUGUAAAUAGACUUAUAGCUUUGAUGUUUCAUGCAUCAGCCAGAUCAAGAUCUAAGUCUCCUGGUAUUAUAAAGAAUAGGAAUAGAACUCAUUGUGUGAAAUACUAGCAGGCGACUGUACAUUUUUUGGAUUUUUAUCUGUAAUGAUAAUUCAAUCCAUUUAACAGUGAAUUAAAA